AUGGCCUCCGCAAUGACCUUGGAAGAAGCGCUGCCUCAGGUGCUUAAGAAAGCCAAGUACCAGAAUGGAGUGAAGAAGGGCCUGAGGGAGGUGGUGAAGUACCUGGACAAGAGGGCUGCCCACAUGUGCAUCCUGGCCAAAGACUGCGAUGAGCCACAGUAUUCCAGACUGGUAGAGGCACUCUGCACUCUCCAUUCAAUUCCCCUCCUCAAGGUAGACAGUAACAUGACCCUAGGCCAGUGGGUUGGCCAGUGCAAGUACGACGAGACAGGAAACGCCAGGAAGGUGGUCAAAUGUUCUUGCGCCGUCAUUAUCGACUUCGGAGAGGAGUCGGAGGCCCUCUCUGUCGUGAACGAACACAUCGGAAAGUCAUAG